AUGCCGGACCGAUCCACAAACAGUGACGCUACAUAUCGGGAGCUGAUACAAGCCUUUACCAAUUUCCUCACAGUGGCGAUACAUACGAUUCUUUACGAGCGCGGCAUCUAUCCACAGACCUCAUUUCUCUCGGCGCGGAAAUAUGAGUUCGCUGUGCGACAAAAUCGUCACCCAAAAGUCUGCGAAUGGAUCAAUGAUGCUGUUGACUCCGCCGAGACAGAGCUACUGAAAUGCACUGUCGAUCGCCUGGCAGUGGUGAUCUUUGACAAGCAGAACAAGCCGCUGGAACGCUUCGUGUUCGAUGUGUCAAGAUUUCCUAUAGUUCCAAUAUCUGAAGUCGACGUGCCUAUGCAACGUAUGACAGCUGAUAAGACGAAAUUGGCGAUUCUGCCAAUGGUGGAUCUCGAAGAACAGCUUAGAGCGACAAUGGGUCGUCUAUCGAAUUGUGGCUCGACGCUCGAACCGCUUCCGACAGGAUGCAUCUUCACUCUGGCAAUCGAAUUGCGAAGUGAGGCAAGCCGGCCUGUGGGCCAUCCUCAGCCUUGGAUUCCUACAGAACCGAACGUCGAUCAGGAUACAGAACAGCCGCGACACGUUACCACUCCAAUUCGUGCAGUAAAGGCUGGCGAAAUGGUAUUUGAGACUUGGAUCGAUCAGCUGCAGCCCGCUCGCACAUUGUCAUCACAGGGAACCUCAAGCACUGGAUAUGACGUGAAAUAG